AUGGAGAGUAGUGCCACCGACGCAUCCGUCGACGCUAGCGGCAGUGUGGUAGCGGCGAUUGUAGUUACCGCGAGGCAACUGCUUCUGUCGCACUUAAAGGCGCUCAACAUAUUCAACACGGAAGUAGCAGACCUCAUCGAAGAAGCUUAUCUGUCGAUGGAAUCAGGAGUCGAGCUCCCGCUAGCGUUCGUCCAACACCGCAUUGACAUCCACACGAGACACUUGUACCUUAUCCAGCAGCUCGAUGUAGCAUUGCAAGGCCACCUUGGAGCCGACAACAAGUUCCAAGACGAAGUCGCGAACAUUCUGCCCGCCCUGAAGGAGCGACUCGACGGCAUCUCGUUCAUCCUGCGUCUGCUCAUACAGAACCAGCCGUCGUAGUUCCUCUGUACAACACACCAUCCACACG